AUGGUUUGCCUCACCAAACUCUUCACGGCCGGCCUCGUUGCCACUGCUGCCAUUGCCGCCCCCGUCGAGGUCAAGCGCACCUCGUCCAGCAAGCGUGGUGCCGCCUACAAUGACGAGUCCACCGUCUCCACCCUGGCCAGCAACGGCCUGAUCUCCUGGGCCUACAACUGGGGUGGCUCUCUGUCCGGCGAUAUGCCCGACAACGUGGAAUUCAUUCCCAUGCUCUGGGGAGCCAAGGACUUCGGCGGCUGGAUCACCACCGUCGAGACCAUCCUGGCCAAGGGCAGCAACUACAUCCUCGGCUUCAACGAGCCCGACAUGUCCUCGCAGGCCAACAUGAGCCCCUCCGACGCCGCCGGCUACUACAAGAAGUACAUCACUCCUUUCGCCGGCAAGGCCAAGCUCAUCUCUCCUGCUGUGACCUCCUCCACUGACUCCGGCCUCGGUCUGAGCUGGUUCGAGUCCUUCAUCGGAUCUUGCAGUGACUGCAAGAUGUCCGGUCUCGCGGUCCACUGGUACGGCACCACCGCCGACGAGUUCAAGUCCUUCGUCAAGCAGGCUGUCGACACCGCCAACACCCACAACCUGUCUGAGGUCUGGAUCACCGAGUUCGCUCUCAGCGCCGAUGCCAACGGCUCCUCUGACUUCGCUACCACAACUGCGUUCCUCAAGGAGGUCAUUCCUUGGUUGGACUCCCAGUCCGGUGUCACCCGUUACUCGUACUUCAUGUGCGCCGAGAAGUACCUCCUCACCAACAAGGCUCUCAACGAGGCCGGUCAGUACUACGCCUCAUAA